GCCGCGCCGGGUGCCGCCAUGGCGGACUGGGGGCGAGGACAGAAUGCGGUUGCCAUGGAGGAUAUGCUGGACGUGGAGAACAAGCGCAUGGCAGACAGCCUGGCCAGCAAAGUCACCAGGCUGAAGUCGCUGGCUCUGGAUAUUGAUAAAGACGCUGAUGAACAAAACCGUUACCUGGAUGGCAUGGAUUCAGAUUUUAUGAGUGUGACUGGCCUGCUGACUGGCAGCGUGAAGCGUUUCACCACCAUGACACGGUCCGGGAGGGAGAACCGCAAGUUACUCUGCUUUGUUUCUAUAGGACUGAUUGUUGUUUUCUUCAUCCUCUACUAUCUUGUGUCCAAAGCAGGGACUUGAUCUUGGCUCUUGUGCGGCAGUUUUACUGAACUAAAACUACGUGAUUGACAGACUUGUUCAGCACCUUCCUUGGUCUGCCCUGCUUCGGGAUCUUUGGGACUUCCCAACAGACAUUCCAAGUAACUUUUCACCAGCGUUUUGUCACUGUUCUGGCUGGUCUUGGAGAUAAAAUGAGUAUUUCACUGACAGCACAUCCACCAGGCAGCUCCGGACGAGGUUCCCACGCUCACACAGCAGCAGUUGAGGGUCACAGAAUGACCCCAAAGCACAGGGUCUGCCCUCAAAACCUCCAGCCCCGUAUGUUUCUGCAACAGCUCCUGGAGAUGAGCCAGCGCCUGCGCCAGCCCCCUCUCCUUCCACCUGGUGCAGUACACCUCCGAGUCCUUAUUCAGCACCACGGCCAACAGGCAGCCUUUGGGGCACCCAGUGAACAGCUCCAUCUGCGCAGCCAUGUCCCACAGCACGUACAGACCCUGCAGCACCCAGACGCAGCACGGCUGCACCUCCAUCUGCUUGUCAUACUGGAUCCACCCCAAGUAUGUGAAGUGUCCGUCGGUGAGGAAUGGCACCAGGAAGUGCUCCAUCCACAUCCCCAACUCCUCCGUGAGGCCACCGAGCAGGAAACCAUUGUACAAGACACUGACUGCACCACAGGACUGCCACCAUCACCAGGUCCCCUAAAGGGACCCGUAAGCAGCACCAGGGCUGUAUCUGCAGGGACAGACGGUACUUGGCCGAGUGCUCCUGGAAGAGCUCUGUCAGCCGCUGGAUGAUGCUGACGUUGUCCAUCUCCCACAGCAUCACCUCUGUCACCAUCCCUUGGCAGCUGCAGGAGCAGACGAUGAAGCUGAGCAGCUGCAGGAACGCAGUGGUGUGGUUGUGCUUGUAGCCCUCCAGCCACUCAUCGGCCAAUGUUGGGACAGCUGCCUGCCCUGCAAUGACCACUUCAUUCUAAAUGGAUUUCCACAUAUCACGUGAUUUUGAUGUUCAUGCCUUUAUCUCUUGCCUUGUUAUCCAUGUCUUGCAGCCAAUUCUUAAGGGAUACUUUUGUCUUAUCUCCAUUACUGAUACUUGGCAAAUCUGACAAUUCCAGACAUUUGUCAGUACAGGUUUAAUAAAUCAGCAGAGCUUUGGAAGCUGCAGAGUUUAGGGUGAUGAUUUAUAAACUUUGGAAUUAUGAAUUUGCAACUUAGUCCAGUGUGGCCAGUACAUUUGUGCCUGGUCUCAGUUUCCCAUCAACUUGGAGACCUGUUAAUAUCCUUGGUGUCACAGUGUUGAAAUGAAAUCUGUAGUUUUGAAAUGAAGUUAGCAUUAGAUAUGAACCCUGAUGCUCUCUGAUUGUUAUAGCAAAGAGUUGGUGAGGAGCACAACUUUAUUUGAUUGCUCGCUUGGUCUUCUUUAUCAUCCAUUUAGGUAAAGCUUCGGAUGGUCCCAGCAGGAAAGGUGGGCCAAAGCCCACAAGCUGCCUUGAUUUGCACAAAGACAGUGCAAAAGGUCUUAAGAAGAUAGAAGAGGAAGCUAAUUACAGCCUCAUUACAGUUAAUUUCAGGUAUUAGAGCACCCUGCUAUUAGAGCACUUUGGAAAGUGAGGUUGAGGUCAAGUAAAACUUCUAAACCAUGCUGUUGGGGUGAUGCUGGAGAGGUCAGGGAAAGAUUCGAUCACAAGGUUAGUGGAUUUAUUUAUUAAUAAAGAAGGCAACCUAAGAAACGAUUAACUUGCUUUGCAGGUCCCUGUCUGCAGUGCUGUUGUCAGGCAUGUGGCAAAGCACACCCCAACCAGUUUGGUUUACAAAACAGGUGUUCCCCACAAACAUGCAAUGCAGUGUGGUAGCUGGAAAAUGCAAGUUCCCUUCCCCUUUCUGUCUUUGCAUUGGGCUGAUCAGCAUCUCACUUGCGUUACACCCUAGCUGUGUUCUUUCAUAGCUGAAUUAUUCAAGGCUGCCUCUAAUUCCAGUAAGAGAUUCGUAACUUUAAAAACGCUGUGCCUGUUUGGGGAAAGACAAAAAACAAAAAGCUCUUUCUCACAUCAGACAAACCUCCACUGCAGAAGCCUCCUGCUCUAUAAACCUUUAACUUUACGAAGCAGCUGUACACAGGCACUGUGUUUCAUCUCAUCUGUUUUCUGUACCAAGUACUUGUAUGUUCUGGUCUUCCCUGUUCCAAGUUUCUGCUUAUUUGGCUUUCUUGUCCUCCGGUAACCUCUGUGGAACUGACAUGUUCCCCUUCCUGUUUCAGUCUUCCUCCUCACUAACAAGCCUAUAUUCAUAAAUGGCUGCAAGUUUCCUUUGGCCUUGGACUAAUCCAGGGCCAGACGGAAACAGACAGCGUUGUCCUUUGUUCAGCUGUGCCAAAACAUGAAGUCCUGCUGUAGCUGGAUUAGGUGUCUUUUUUUCCAGGUUUGAGAAAGGAUGUGCAGGGAAGGUGAGUAGAAAAGGAGGCAGCAGUGACUUCAUUCGGUUCUUACUACUGCUUCUGUUAAAUGUGGCAGCUCCCAGCUCUUGUCUGUUUGGAAGAAAGAUGGGUGAACUGACAGACUGCUUAUGACUGAAGCUGAUGACUUAUGAUGAAGUGUCACCAGAACAGUCUAAUCUUCACGAUGGUAGCAGUUUCAAUUUGCUUUAGCUGUUGUAAAUAAAGCACUGAUUUUAGA